AUGGCCAAUGGUAAAGGACAAGGAUCAGGACAGUGUCGCACCAUAGAAUCAAAAGAAGGAAUUGAAGCAAAAGAAAUGGAGCGGUCAUUUGUGUCAAAUUCUGCUGAGAGUACAUCUCAGCCUGCUGGUCAGACAUGCCAAAAAAAUAUAAAAGAUCGUGAAAAGGAAGUCAAAGGAGACACCUCAGAGGCUGUGUUUCAUCAGACUGGGGCAGUAGGGAAAUCUAAGGAAAAUGGAGAUGAGCAUAUGUCUGCUUCCAUAAAUGGAAAGCAGAAUUCCUCUUUUCUCCCUAAAGAUAAGAAACAACCUCCAUCUGACAGCAAAAUACAUAGAGGAAAGGAAAAUGAUGACUCUCCUUUGACCAUCUCUCAUCAACUAAAGAAAAUCUUACCAGUGGUCAUGUUUAAUGACUGUGAAGAAUCACUAUCAGGAAAAAUUACACUGCAGGAUUUCCCAAGCACAGUAGAAGCUAUUAAACCAGCAAAAGGCAAAUUUAUUACAGAAGUAAAGUGUGGGGCUUUCGAUGUACAAAUAGAAAUCAAAAAAAGCUUUUCCUGUAAAACAGGAAUACAGUUCCCAACAAAAAAUAGGUAUCCAAAAUAUCACUGUAGUUUUAGGAACUACUUUCCUAAAAACAAGAAUAUAUUUGUAGAAUUAAAACCUAAGGUGCCAUCUAAAUAUAAAGAAAAAAUUGCCAGAACUGAGAUUCCCUCACUGAAAAUAAGCAUUGCAGGGAAAGAAACUAAAGUUAAAUAUAUGAGUAAUAAACAGAAUAUAUUGAUUAAUAUAACUCAUCCUAAAAGAAGGAGAAAAAUAACUAAAUACAGAAACACUCCCUCCAGUCACACCACUAAAGAAUCUUCCAGUUCUCCCUCACAGUCUGGUAUUAGGGACCCUGAAAAGCGGCAGCUUAAAAACAAGCAUCAGAAUUCAGAUUGUUUCCAUGGCUCUUCUCCUAUUGUGUUUGCUGUCCAGAAGGAGGAGAAUUUUGAUACAGUUGUGGUUUCUCUAACUUCAACUCCAGAGAAAGGGAAAAAUAAUCCUGACACACUAUCUUCAGUCUUAGAUGAUUGCAAAGUAGAAUCUGCCAUCUGUCAGCAGAAGGUCUUUAAAAUUAAUCAGAACACUCCCAGAAAGAAACAUUUCUCUGAGGCUGAGACUCUUCUCAAAAACAUUCCUUCUAACUCACAUGAUACCCUAAAGACCACAAGCUUAAGUAAUACAGAUUUAAGUAAAAUGCCUUUUGAGGAUCCUAAGGAUGUGGAUAAAGAGAGAAAAAUCAACUUUGAUAUUCCAGAAAAUAUCACAUCAAACUCACAUAUGCAGCAAAGCACAAAAGGAAUAAAUUAUUUGCCAAGUACCAUUACCAACAUCUUUCCAGUUCAAGAUGGUAAAGACUCCAACUUUUGUUCUUUGUCUUCUCUGAGCAUGCAGCUCUUAGGAGAAAAGGGAGCCAACAUCUAUUGCAAAGGCAGCGAAACUCCACCUGCAGAAUGUUGUGAAAACUCAAAUUCUGUAUCUUUCCCUUCCAGUCGAAAUGCUCUGAAAUCUUCUACUUCAUUCAGCCCAUCUCACUGGACCACCAGACAUUCAGAAUCUAAGGAAACCUCUGGAAAUACAUUUUCCUUUCAACACUAUGCUGAAUCUGUGAUAGACUAUGAGAGAGAGCAUGCUGAUGUGACUGACAGAAACCUUAUCAAAGCCGUUUUAAAUAGUGAUUCUCACAUGAAAGCACAGCAACUAUUGGCAAGAAAGAGAACACAGUGUCUAACCCCAAUGCCUAUAUCCUGCAGCAGCCUAGCUGCUGAGAGUCCCCUCAACAGUGUUAGCCAUAGCACUGAGGAAUGGGACCAAAUGGAGUCCCAGGCAAGUCACCCAGAGACAGCAGCCCCCAGUGAAACAAAAGUACCAGUUAUGACCUUCCUAACUGAUGAGUUAGAGCAAAGAUUAAUUACUCAAAACAAUAAAGAAGAUACAGUUGAUUCUAAUUGUCCCAUGGGGAUGAAAAACUCUAAAGAGUCACCCAGCUCUCUGAGAAAUGUUGAAAAAGACAAAUGCCAGUUAACACCAGUGGCAAAGAAUGAAUGCCACAGAGAUUUUGAAAACCUAUCAAAUGAGAAUCAUGAUGAAGUCUGUUUCCAAAUGGAUUUUCCACCAAACACUGCUGAAUCUAACUGUGCAGUGUGUGCUACAGAUAAUCUGUUUCUUUUUGAGAAAACACUGACCAAUGUUGCAGACCAGUACGGCAACCAAGAUGAAAAAAGGCUUGGACUAACCAGUUGCAAACAGGAGCCAGCAGAAUGCCAAAGGAUUUCAUCAACAAGGUCAAAUUCUGAAGAUGAGAACAAAAAUGACUCAAACGAAAAUUACUAUCACCAAAUAGACAUAUUGCUGUCACCUCAGAAACAGAAGGCUUUGAAAGGUACAUCUCAGCCUGCUGGUCAGACAUGCCAAAAAAAUAUAAAAGAUCGUGAAAAGGAAGUCAAAGGAGACACCUCAGAGGCUGUGUUUCAUCAGACUGGGGCAGUAGGGAAAUCUAAGGAAAAUGGAGAUGAGCAUAUGUCUGCUUCCAUAAAUGGAAAGCAGAAUUCCUCUUUUCUCCCUAAAGAUAAGAAACAACCUCCAUCUGACAGCAAAAUACAUAGAGGAAAGGAAAAUGAUGACUCUCCUUUGACCAUCUCUCAUCAACUAAAGAAAAUCUUACCAGUGGUCAUGUUUAAUGACUGUGAAGAAUCACUAUCAGGAAAAAUUACACUGCAGGAUUUCCCAAGCACAGUAGAAGCUAUUAAACCAGCAAAAGGCAAAUUUAUUACAGAAGUAAAGUGUGGGGCUUUCGAUGUACAAAUAGAAAUCAAAAAAAGCUUUUCCUGUAAAACAGGAAUACAGUUCCCAACAAAAAAUAGGUAUCCAAAAUAUCACUGUAGUUUUAGGAACUACUUUCCUAAAAACAAGAAUAUAUUUGUAGAAUUAAAACCUAAGGUGCCAUCUAAAUAUAAAGAAAAAAUUGCCAGAACUGAGAUUCCCUCACUGAAAAUAAGCAUUGCAGGGAAAGAAACUAAAGUUAAAUAUAUGAGUAAUAAACAGAAUAUAUUGAUUAAUAUAACUCAUCCUAAAAGAAGGAGAAAAAUAACUAAAUACAGAAACACUCCCUCCAGUCACACCACUAAAGAAUCUUCCAGUUCUCCCUCACAGUCUGGUAUUAGGGACCCUGAAAAGCGGCAGCUUAAAAACAAGCAUCAGAAUUCAGAUUGUUUCCAUGGCUCUUCUCCUAUUGUGUUUGCUGUCCAGAAGGAGGAGAAUUUUGAUACAGUUGUGGUUUCUCUAACUUCAACUCCAGAGAAAGGGAAAAAUAAUCCUGACACACUAUCUUCAGUCUUAGAUGAUUGCAAAGUAGAAUCUGCCAUCUGUCAGCAGAAGGUCUUUAAAAUUAAUCAGAACACUCCCAGAAAGAAACAUUUCUCUGAGGCUGAGACUCUUCUCAAAAACAUUCCUUCUAACUCACAUGAUACCCUAAAGACCACAAGCUUAAGUAAUACAGAUUUAAGUAAAAUGCCUUUUGAGGAUCCUAAGGAUGUGGAUAAAGAGAGAAAAAUCAACUUUGAUAUUCCAGAAAAUAUCACAUCAAACUCACAUAUGCAGCAAAGCACAAAAGGAAUAAAUUAUUUGCCAAGUACCAUUACCAACAUCUUUCCAGUUCAAGAUGGUAAAGACUCCAACUUUUGUUCUUUGUCUUCUCUGAGCAUGCAGCUCUUAGGAGAAAAGGGAGCCAACAUCUAUUGCAAAGGCAGCGAAACUCCACCUGCAGAAUGUUGUGAAAACUCAAAUUCUGUAUCUUUCCCUUCCAGUCGAAAUGCUCUGAAAUCUUCUACUUCAUUCAGCCCAUCUCACUGGACCACCAGACAUUCAGAAUCUAAGGAAACCUCUGGAAAUACAUUUUCCUUUCAACACUAUGCUGAAUCUGUGAUAGACUAUGAGAGAGAGCAUGCUGAUGUGACUGACAGAAACCUUAUCAAAGCCGUUUUAAAUAGUGAUUCUCACAUGAAAGCACAGCAACUAUUGCAGCCUAGCUGCUGA